CUAUCACUUUUUUCUUACAUUAUUCCAAAUUGGAUUUUCACCCUUUUAACAGCUCACAGCCUCACACUCGCACUUAUUCUCCUUCACUCUAUUUAUACCUUUCACAUUUAUUUCUCCUCUCUUCAUCUCCUCUUUCCACAAAGAUCUGUCGGUGCUCUUUUCUUGAUCAACCUUUGCAGAAAUCCACAAAUGGGAUCAGUUGCCAUGGAUUCAAAAUCAAGCAAUGGUGAAUCCCCAAUUCCGUUCAUGAUCUUCAUCGGGUAUGAUCCAAAAGAAGACAUUGCAUAUGAAGUUUGCAAGUAUUCAAUUCUUAAACGUUCUUCAAUUCCUGUUGAAAUUCACCCUAUUAAACAAUCUGAAUUAAGGCAAAAAGGGCUUUAUUGGAGAGAAAGAGGGAAAUUAGAAAGUACUGAGUUUUCUUUCUCCAGAUUUUUAACCCCGCAUUUGGCUAAUUUUGAAGGUUGGGCUAUGUUUGUUGAUUGUGAUUUCCUUUACUUAUCUGAUAUUAAGGAAUUAGUUGAUUUAAUUGAUGAUAAAUUUGCAAUUAUGUGUGUUCAACAUGAUUAUGCCCCUAAAGAAACCACUAAAAUGGAUGGUGCUGUUCAAACUGUUUACCCUAGAAAGAAUUGGUCUUCAAUGGUGUUGUAUAAUUGUGGGCAUUCAAAGAAUAAGAUUUUAACACCUGAGAUUGUCAACACACAAACUGGAGCAUUUCUUCAUAGAUUUCAAUGGUUAGAGGAUAAUGAGAUUGGGGAAGUCCCUUUUGUGUGGAAUUUUCUUGUGGGUCAUAACCGGGCUGUCGAGGGUAAACCAGAGACCGAACCCAAGGCCAUCCAUUACACUCUUGGCGGGCCUUGGUUCGAGGCGUGGAAGGAUUGUGAGUUUGCUGAUUUGUGGAUCAAAGAGUUGGAGGAAUAUGAGAAGAGUAAGAAGGUUGAACAAAAUGGUGUGACGAUUUGAAUCCGUCCCAUUCAAUUUGCUACAUUUAUACCAAUCAGCUCUUGUAUUGGAUUCCUCAAUGUAGCAAAUCGAGAGAAAUUAGUUGUAUUGUUUUUUCCACAAUUUGUUGAUUGUAUUUUUUCACUGCUUAGAGCAUAUGCUUAUUCUUGGUAGUAAUGUAGAAUACUUUAGAGUAUGUAUUGGUGUAUUUUCUUCAUAAUUCUUGUUGUGAAAGUGGGAAUGUAAUACUGCAAUGAAUUCAGAUAUGAGUUUAGCAAUAAA